CAGUAACUUCAACCUUCAGCUCCAGAAGUGAGACAGGAGCAGGGUCUGGGAGAGAGCUGACACACCGAGCAUCCUGCGACGCCGAGACAAGAUCCUGAUGAUCCAGCACUCAGAUUAGAUUAGACCUCGCGCGCGCGUGCGUGUGAGUGUGUGUGUGUAUGAGAGUGUGUGUGAGUGUGUGAUCUCCCCGCAGUGGUACUGUGCUUCUUUAGCAGUGUGUGAGGGAUCACGGAGCAGGAAUCAGGAGAUCAGGGCUCGAGCUCACUUCUCAUGCACGUCGCGUCGCCUGCCUGCAUCUGGACAUCCUCUCUCUCUUCACUUGCAGGGACCAGAAGGACAUCAUUCCCUCAAUCCUAUUUUUUUUUUUUUUUUUUAAUCGCGGAUCAAACAUCAAACACUGCUCUGUGUGUGUGUGUGUGUGCUGGAAAAUACUGUGCAUGUGCAUGAGAGAGAAGACUCUGAGAUGAGAUGAGCAACGUGCACUGAAUCUUAAGCAGAGACUUGGAUAGGAUAGUGUCCGAUACUCGAGUGAUUGGAUAUUGAGGGGAAAAACAGCAUUGCAUGAAUUAAACAGCAUCCCUCCGCGUGCAUUCGGUCAGAGAGAGAGAGAGAGAAAGAGAGACAGCAACAACAACAGUUGAAAUGCACUAGCGGGUUUUUCAGUUGCAUUUUUUCCACACACACAUACACACACACUUGCACUCAUGGCUUCUCUGUACCAGAGGUUCACGGGGAAAAUCAACACCAGUGCAUCCUUCCCCGGUCCCCCGGAGGCCAGCCGUCUGCUCGGUGCGCGCGAGAAGGCGACCAAGAGUCCUGAGCCCCGGCCCGAGCGCCGCCGCGGGACCGCGCGCGAGGACGAGGACGAGCUGGUGGGUAGCGCUCCUCCUCAGAGGAACUGGAAGGGAAUAGCCAUCGCUCUGCUGGUCAUCCUGUUCAUCUGCUCUCUGAUCAUCACCGCCGUUAUCCUGCUGACGCCACGUGAGGAUGACAGCUUGGCCUCCAAGAAGAAAGUCACAGUGGAGGAUCUGUUCAGCUCAGAGCUGCAGGUUCACGACCCACAGGCCAAUUGGCUCAGCGACACGGAGCUGCUGUACCGUAAUCAGGAAGGAGAUGUGGUCAAGCUUGAUGUGGAGAGCAACAUGACUGAGGUUCUGGUGAAGAACAAGAUGUUUGAAACGUAUAAAGCCAGCAAGUACCAAGUGUCUCCUGACCUGACUCACAUUCUGCUGGCCUACGACAUUGUCCCGCUGUACCGGUACUCCUACACGGCCUCCUACAUCAUAUGCAGCCUGAAAACUCCGGAGUCGGUGCUUUUGUCGCCUCCUGAAGUGCAGAACACUACGCUGCAGUUUGCUGGAUGGGGUCCGAAAGGCCAACAGCUGAUCUUCAUCUUCGAGAACAACAUCUACUACCAAGCCACUGUGAAGGACAAACCCAUCCGCCUGGUCACUACAGGACGAGAGGGCGUGGUCUUUAACGGACUCACCGACUGGCUCUACGAAGAGGAGAUCUUCAGGUCUCACACCGCACACUGGUGGUCCCCGGAUGGCCUCAGGCUUGCGUACGCCACCAUCAACGACACUCUAGUGCCCAAGAUGGAGAUCCCCAUGUUCACGGGCAGCCUGUACCCCAGCACUCAGGAGUACCGCUACCCAAAAGCUGGAGAAGAGAAUCCUGAGAUCUACGUGUCGGUGGUGAGUCUGAAUGGGCCGCUACACACAGUCCGGAUGAAGAAGCCCGAGGACCCCAGGAUCGGGAAGGAGUAUUACAUCACCAUGGUGAAGUGGGCCACCAGCACCAAACUGGCAGUCAACUGGCUGAACCGAGCCCAGAACAACUCCAUCCUCACCCUGUGCGAAGCCACCACUGGAAUCUGCACCAAGAAACACGAGGACGAGAGCGAGAGCUGGCUGCACAGACAGAAUGAAGCUCCGCUGUUCUCCAGAGACGGCCUCAGGUUCUUCUUCACCCGCGCAGUACCACAGGGGGGUCGAGGGAAGUUCUACCACAUCUCCAUGUCCACCUCACAGCCCAACAGUAGCUCAGACACGCUGCAGUCGCUGACGUCAGGUGAUUGGGACGUUACAGAGAUUUUAGCGUACGAUGAGGACACACAGCUGGUAUAUUUCCUGAGCACAGAAGACAAUCCCAAACGACGACACCUGUACAGUGCUUACACCACAGGCUCGUUUAACCGCCGCUGUCUGUCCUGUGAGUUCAGCUGCGGCUUCGUCAGCGGAUCCUUCAGCCCCGAUGCAAACUACUUCCUCCUCAACUGUAAAGGUCCCACAGUGCCAUACACGGCCGUCUACAGCACCCAAGACAGACUCUAUCAGAAGCUGCUGGACGUGGAGAUGAACGACUUGCUGAACUCCACCGUCAGCUCCAUGCAGAUGCCCAGAGUGGAGUAUCAGGAAAUCACCAUCGAUGAUUACACUCUGACCAUCCAGAUCCUGAAACCUGCAGCGUUCACAGACACGGCACAUUACCCCUUACUGCUGCUGGUCGAUGGCACCCCCGGUGGUCAGAUGGUGACGGAGCAGUUCCAGGUGGACUGGGCGACGGUGUUGGUGAGCUCCUACAGCACCAUCGUGAUGCGUUUUGAUGGGCGGGGCAGCGGGUUUCAGGGCACCAACCUGCUGCACCGGAUCAAGAGGAAACUCGGAGAGUUCGAGGAGAUCGACCAGCUGGAGGCGCUCAGCAUCAUAACUAAAGAGUCGUACAUCGACAAGUCCAGGAUCGGAGUGUACGGACGGGUGUACGGUGGAUAUCUCGCCAGCCUCCUGCUGAGCUCUGAGGACUCGCUGUUUAAGUACAACUUUAAAUUUAAAUGUGGAGCAGCCGUCUCGCCCAUCACCGAUUUCAGCCUAUACGCCUCAGCGUUCUCCGAGCGUUAUUUAGGAUCUCCUCGAUCCAAUGCAAGAGUCUACGAGAUGUCAAGUUUAGCUCAUCGAGCAGGUCAGCUAGAGGAUAAGAAUUUUUUAAUUAUUCACCCGACAGCCGACGAAAACGUCCACUUCCAGCACACGGCUAAAUUUAUCAACUAUUUAAUAAACAAAAAGGCCAAUUACACACUGCAGAUCUACCCUGACGAGGGGCACUUCCUGCACUCCGAGGUCUCUCGGCAGCACCUGGAUCAGUCGCUCGUCAGCUUCUUCGAGGUGUGCUUCAGGCCGCUGGAGACAGUCACCGAGGAAGAGCUGGAACAGGAGGACGAGGACGACGGCUAAAACGGCGCCGGGAAAUCCCACAACACAAACCGUGAUCAAAUUUGUUUCUCUAAAAAAAUAAAAUGUGCAUCAUGUAAUACUUCUUCAUCAUCAUCUUCAUCAUCAUCUCUGUUUGGGAUGGAGCAUCUGCAUGGACCAGUCGCACCUCGCCUCUGAAAACGGAACGGUCUGACGGAGGGACGAGCGAGCGAGCGAGUUUCUUCCUCACCUUCCUCCCUGAUGAAGCUGUACAGCGCCCUCGUGUGGACUGAGCCGGUGGUGACGCAGCUGUGCGCUGAGAAUGGAAACUGUGGAGGAUAAAUAUAGCACAACACACUGUAGAGCAGUGCAGGAGAAAUAGACAUUCAGUAGCACUCUGCUAAUAUCCUUUGUUAGUUACGGAGCUUACCGUAUUUUCCAGACGCCGAUGGUUAGCGCUACAAGUUAAAAAAAAAAACAAAAAAACACUGCACUUGUAAUUAUCAGGCUUGUUAAACGUUAUAAUCACAGCAGAAAUCACUAGACUGUAGCAAUCGUAUAAAUCCCAUUAAAGGGAAAGGUUCUUCAAGAGCAAAACGUAACCAGUGUUCAUCUUUACCGCGAAGACGCGGACAACGUUUGCAUCUUUAGUUUUGCAGUAAAGCUACAAGGCUAACGUUAGCUAACAAGUCACGGAAGUCCAUCUCACCCAAAAUCAUCAACUUUGAAAUAAACACGUGUAAACAGCAGUAGAUCUAAUUUCAGAGUCAUACGUUAUCAUUCACAUCACUUCAGUUCCGUCGUUUCAGACUUUGGGAGGCGGGGCUUAGAGGGGCGGAGUCUUAACAAACAGCACUAAUGAACAGAGUGUCCAAGAUGGUGACUGCAGAGAUGCUGAUGUAGCUAAAGAGAAAAUCCAGGAAAGCAGCAAGAGAGAAAAAGCUGAAUUUUAUCUACCGUAUAUCUGCGGACCAGAUGGCUAAGUUUUGGUUUUUUUUAAGACGUGCAGGAGGCAACAGAUUCCAGUGUUACACUACUUACUACUAAGAAUCCUGUUUUUUUUUUACUGACCAAACAGAUCACAGUCCCGCCUUCUAGUUUUCUACUGACUCAUGAAUUUUACCUUAAAGAGCAAAAAUUUCUCUCUGAUUGCCAUAGCAACAGGUCAUAAAUGUAACAUUACAGUAUUACAGCUACGUGCUGAAAAUUUUGCUUAUGUGUAUAGAUAUGAAGGAAGUCAGACUGGUGUGAACAUACUUAAGGAUUUUUGUUGAGACAGAUUUCCCAUAGCUCCAUUAACCUCGUAGCUUCACUGCAAAACCUACAGACAGCAAACACGGAAUACACGGUCAGGACGUGUAUUCUGGAAAAUACGGUAAUAUCGAGACUCUUAUUUAAACCUAAAACUGCUCAUCGUUCCUCAUUCUGUCCUUCGUCCUGUUGCAGCCCAGUGGCUUUAAUCAGACACUUAGUAAUAAACGGCUUGGAAGCAGCUUUCAUACCAGUUUUAGGGCGUAGCAUCAUGUUCUGCUGAUUUGUGAACGAGUCAGAUUAGCAAUCUGUGUGAUUUUAAAAAUGAUGUUCAUACAGCCGAGGGAAGAAAAAAAAAACCAGUCUAAUGUUAUUAUUUUAGUCACUGUGCCUUACUGGAGUAAAGCUGUAACACAAAGCACUACGAUUCAACAACACGGACAUUACAGAUAUCCGACUCCACACGUCAGUAUGAUCAAUCAGUUUAUCUGGAAAAGCAGGCUGGGAGAUACGACCACUCAACUCAGACCUUCCCAUCUUUAUGCGCUCUGUGUAGGAGCUGCUGUUUUUAACAUCGGAGUACAACUCGCGUUAGUCAUCUCAACUCGGUUUUCUUUCCUGCGCGAAAAAUGCCACGUGCUCGCCUCGCUUUACGUCACGGUAAAUGUUUCGAGUUCGUUAGCAUCAAAUCAAAUCUCUCAACGUGUUUGACUUAGUCAGCUAUGUAAGCUUUAAUAUUACUAGCAGUUAGCUAAGCAGGUCUACAACAAAGUGUCAUAUCUAACACUUACAUUCGAAGAAAAACUUUGAUCGUAACGAUGAUUAAAAAGCACAUUCAAACAGUUUGAGCAGUUCAGUGGGGAAAAAAUGCUAGAAACAUUUCACGUUUUCUAUAAGGGAUGACGAGUGAUCUUUUUAUUUUAUUUUUUUUACAUGGUUUACGUCAUUUCUACCCUGCGGGAUGACGCGUUAUUCCCGUUCAGCGCUGGCAGGCCUGAGUGCGUAAUCUCUACAUUGUGAGAAACAGCGGAAAUUUGCUAAGAACAUUUAAACAGUAGCAGUUUGUUUUUUUUAUUACAUACAAAAGAUGAAGAAAAACAAAAUGACAAUUUUAACAUCCAUUCAGCUGCGUUUUCCUGCUGUGAGGAACAGAAUCAGUGUUAAUCAGAAAACUGUAUCGCAGUAAUGAAUGUCGUAUCGUCAUAUCGCCCAGCCCUACUGUAACAUCGUAAUUAAGGUUUUGCUCAAAUGAGACGUACACGUUCCCCUUUACUCCGUAGCUAAAUAACCUACAGACUUGCUGGUGUGGUUAGCUCUCUAGAAACAUGCACAAAAUGACAAAAAUCUGAGUUUCAGUGAUUGCGGUAAAGCGUAAACAGCGUGUACGUUUCAUUUUCUUCACGCUUCUUACGUGUAUUUCAUAUGAACAGCUGUGAUGACGCUCAGAAGGUCCUCAAGGACUUUUUUCCGUACGGAAUGUUUGCUUUGUUUGUUUGUUUGUUUUGUUUUUUUCUCAAAUCCAGCAUGCUAGGCAGUAAUCUGCAUAUUUGUUUUCCCCCCCAUUGUAUUUUUUAACUCUGUGUUUUUGUGGUGUAAUUUCAGACGGAUUGAAUGUGUCUCUGUGGUUCCACUUUAAUGUUAUUGCUGUGAGAGAAAAGCUCGUGGUCGUAUGUUGGUGUACAGAUGUGUACAUUACACUUCAGCUGUUUUGUUCCCUGAUGUGCGUAACUUGUACAUAAAGCAUUUUGAAAGCUUGUUUUUUUCCCCCUCAAUGUGUUCUUCACCCGGAAGGUUAUCAGUGUAACUUAUUCAGCAGCUAAUUAGAUCAGGACACAGGCACGCUAAAUAAAAACACGACACUGUGGGCUUUACGUUACACAAAACAGCUGACUUUACGAUAUUUUAUUACAUAAUCACAGACUCUGUGUAUCGGACUAUCAAGAAAUUGUCAUCAAUCAUGGUUUAAAAAGCUUUUUCACACACGUACACGCUGGUGUGUAAACAGAACAGCGCUCUUGUGCCAUCUAGUGGUGAAAUAUAAGCACAUCCAAUUUAAAGUCUUGUGUUUUAGACUGAAACAGCAGCAAAAAAUCUUACUGAGAUUUCGAUCCUGUUCCAGCACUGCUUUUAACUAGGUGACUCUGAUCAUCACAGUCAGAUAUCAUGCCCUAUACACUUAUCGUCUGUCUCCAGCAGUAGAUGAGGGUGUUAAAUGUAGAUGUGUAGGCACGGCAACUUUUGGUGGAACUGGAAUGAAAUCUUUAAAGUAAAUUUAAAUUUUCUCCCUAAAAUGCUAGAAUUUUAAAGAAGCACAUUUCUGUUCCUGUAUAUAAUAGAAAAUGUUCAAAUGAUGACCCGUGUGAAGCUUCCCCCCAAAUCAUGAAGAGCGUGUUUUUUUUAAAAUCUGUUCUUUAUGUGGAGUGUUUGCUGUACACGUCCCUGUGAAUGAUCCGUUACCGUAGAAACAAUAACGUAUUAGAUUAGGACGAGCGCAUUAAUAUAAUCCUACACUACUGUCAGAGCUGCUGUUAUAGAAUAUUAAUCAACGCCUUCUGACCAAUCACAAUCCAGACUUCGACAGCGCUGUGGGGUGAAAAACACAAUUUUAAAUAAAUGUCUGAAAAGUUAGCAAAAGAAAAUAUGAAUCAGUGAAACUCAGUGGAACUCAGUGGCUUCCAUCAACAUCAUCAACUACACUCGUCAUGACCGAAAAAAACAAAAAAAAAAAAAAGUUUGGUUUAUGUGCAGAGAGAACAGAGACCUCUAAUCAGCAUCAUGGUGACGUUUGAUGUGAAUUUUGUUCAAUAAAUUGAGAAAAACUUUUA